UGGCGGGGGAGCCGCCUUCCCUUCUGCCUUCGGCCGCCAGGGGAGCGAGCUGGGGGGAACCGAGAGUAGAGCGCGACGGCGGCGGCAGCAGCAGCAGCAGCAGCCGAGGCAGGGACCGGCCCCGUCGAACAAGCGCCAAACCGAGGGACCUGGGAGGCUGCCGCAGGUGGUGCUGCGAGGGCGGGUGCUGCCCGGCUCCGCUGUGAGACGGGAUCCCACUCUUCAACAGCCCCCCCAAAAAAGCCAGGAGGACCGCAAGUCUGCUUGGAUGAGUUUCGUUACCCAACAGACGUAAGCAGAGCCACAGACCUUUCCUCUCGGAUCUGGUCUGCCUGCGAGCUGCGGAUCCGCUCUGGAGGCUGCAAGGAGUGGGGGUGGAUUAAGGAUCCACACAACGCAGCCGUCUGACAGGCGCCGAGCUCCCCUCGGGGAUGCAAGGAACCCACCUGGUAAUGAAACCUGUCAGGGACAAGAAUUGAUCCACAACGACAAUACCGCCACCAUCACCACCCCUCGGGGUUCAGGAGCGACUCCACAGCCGCGCGAGGAGAGAGAGGGGGCCGAGGAACGAUUGGUUGGAAGCCAAGAGAGGCGGAGAGGGGCGGAGAGAGAGAGAGACCCACAAGCAUCACUUCUGACAAGAGAUCUACCAGAUUCAAGAUCGGUUUGGGAUCUGAAGCUGUGAAGAACGCCAAGAAGAGCGAAGCUUGACCCGUCAGUCCUCUCCCAGAAUCGCACUAAGCGCCUCCAGUCCGCCCUGACGGCCGGAUCCUCAGGGAGGUCGGGGGAGAUGAGCCUCCGCGCUCAGAAUCUAGUGGAUUCCAGAUCCUUAGUGGACAGCAAGCUCGGAAUGCGGCAAAGCCAGGAGGGGACCCAUUAAGCCCCAGACCUGGCUUGGGUUGAUGUGCUGGAGCUGCUGCUAGGCUUUCAGAACAGGAGAGACCACCCCGAGGCCCCUUGGGGACUGUCGCAAGAGGGAGCCAGGGACAUGUGAUCCCCAGAUCCUACAGCCAGAUCAACUAACCCCCCCCCCAACACCUCAUGACACAACUUUGCUGGACCAGGAAGAAGAACCGAAGGGUACACAGCCCCUCCAACACAAUGGCUAGCUAGGGAGCACGCCACCAAGAUCCCAGAAAGCGACUGGAUCACCAGCGUCUCACAUCCCCGCCACCAUCCAUGUAGACUCAGGAAGAGCCUUCCUGCAUUCUCGAUUGGCUGGCGCGGUGACAGCACAGAGACCACCCCCUCCUCCUCCCAUCCCUCUACCAGCUGGGCUCUGGCUUGGGACCCUGGCUGUUCCGACGCCCUCGGGGUGUGGGGCAGCCUCGGUGCCCAGGGCAGGGGGUGGUGACUGCGUCCAGAGAUGCCCUGGGUGGUCUUUGGCCUCCUACUGGUGCUCCUCCGAGGGUCGCGGGCUCUGCAGAGGGCAGAACUGUCUGAAUGUUUUAUGGUGAAUGGGGCUGACUACCGGGGCUCACAGAACAGGACCUCACCUGGGAGCGCUGGGCGACCCUGCCUCUAUUGGAACCAGACGCGAGAGCAUGCCUACAACACCGCCAAGUAUCCCAAUGGCGAGUGGGGGCUGGGCAGUCACAACUAUUGCCGGAACCCAGAUGGCGACGUGCAGCCUUGGUGCUACAUCUCAGAGAAUGAGGAAGGGAUCUACUGGAAGUAUUGCGAUAUCCCCACCUGCCACAUGCCUGGUUAUGUUGGUUGCUUCUUGGAUUCUGGGACCCCUCCAGCGCUGAGUGGGAGCAGCGGCACCUCCACCAAGCUCACAGUACAAGUUUGCCUCAGCUUCUGCCGUAAACGGGGCUAUAAGUUUGCUGGGGUAGAGGCUGGUUAUGCCUGUUUCUGUGGUCAUGAAGUAGAUGUCCGGCGGAGCCAGCCAGUGAGUGGCGUGGAAUGUGACCAAGUCUGCUUUGGCAAGUCCAGCGAGUUGUGUGGGGGAGAUGGCCGGAUUGGUAUAUACAAUGUAUCCAUGGGUGCCUGUCAAGGAAACUUCAGUGAACUCUCUGGAGUGAUUUACUCUCCACAGUUCCCAGAUGACUAUGAGGCUGACAGCAACUGCACCUGGGCCCUGCGCCCCCUGGGCUGCGAGUCCGUGGAGCUCACUUUCCGGAUCUUUGACAUGCACGACCCCAAUGACCGCCUGGAGCUGCGGGAUGGACACAACAACUUAUUGCUGGCUCAGUUUGAUGGGCGCCGGAGGCCAGGGCUUUCCCUGCUGCUCCCCACCAAUUUCCUGCUCCUUUCCUUCCAGUCGGAUCAGCUUCUGCAAGCCCAGGGCUUUGCCAUCUUGUACAGAGGAGUGAAGGGUCCCUCUAUCGACGGAGCCAGGUCUGACUUACGGACCCUACCAGGUGAUGGACCCCAUCUCAUCCCAACCUCCUCUGAUUGGUUGAACUCCACCUGGACCUACAAUUCCAAUGAGUCUGCCAUUGGAGUAGGAGCUUGGGUGAUGUAUACAGCCACAGGGACCUUCAUCUUAGCCAUCCUCAUCAUCUCGUACCAUCUACGCAAGAGGACCUGCCUUUUUGUGCAGAAGAAGACUGGCAGUUCCCUGGGCCCUUUCUCCUCCAAAGGUCCACGAAGCCGCUGCCAGUGUCUUGGGGGGGAGGCAUGGGCCGUGGCCUACCGCCAUACCCGUGUUGUGAUCUGCACCACGCGUGGCGCCCCGCACCACCGCCCCCUGCGCAACGGCGGUGGGGUUGCCGGGGAUGAUGAGGCCUCAGACUGCUCGUGCCUGUGCCACAGUUAUGAGAACCUUUCUUCCACCAACCAGUCCUCUCUGAAAUCUCUCAUCUCCGCCAUCUGAGGCCAUGCAAAUCUUGUCACUCACCCUUGUCAGUGCCAGCUCCCUUUCCGUUGCCAGACUCCUGAAGCAGAACUUCUUCAGUUCACUAGGGACCAAGAGACCAGGACCUUGUAAAACUAUCUGCUUUGGGGGGAAGGGAAGGCGACAGGGGAACUGGAAUUUAAUGGAAAUCAGUGCACCAUGUGCUGCUAAUAACAGCAUUCCGGAGAAACUGAAAGCUGUUGACAGCAGGAACACGUCUAGCAAUGCUCCCUACAGCUGAGAGAUCCUAAACAGCUUUCUGCAGGCCAUGACAAUACUGAAGGGGUGGACACCCUAUCGCCACAUCCCCUUUUGGAGAGAUGUCUGUGUCUACUUUGAAGCCAGGGGUCCUGUUAUGGUGUUGGAAUUUUGUAAACAUUGCUUGUGGGACAAAGAGGAUUGCUACAAAUCUCUGUCAUGGCAGGAUUCAUGCCCCCCUGGCAUCACGGGGGAAUUUAGAACUGUGUGACAGGAGAUGAGGCAUGUCCUGUAACACAUGGAGUUGGGGUAUGUCACAAGUUCACAUUUUAUGAGAUACAAAAGCCUGAGAAUGUGAGAUCCUGUGGCUGCAUCCUCAGAAGGUUGGAGAGGGAAAAGGGAUGAGUUCCAUAGGAGAGUGGAUGCUGAAUUGAAGGGGGUGGGGAACAGUAUUUGUGUGCAAAGCCCAUUGCCAAUGUCACUUUGGGACAUUUGGGUGGAAACAGAACCCAAAGGCCAUGGGACACUUGGAGAAGUUGCUCACUUGGCUCAAAGAGGGUGCUAAAGACACACCAAAGAAGAGGGGAGAUGAAAACCAGCCUCUUUGCCAGGUGCCCCAUAGGCACACAAUGGAUUACGGAACGUAAAACCUUAAUUAAAUUAUUUUCAUAUCAGUAAUGAUGCUUCUC